CGCCGCCGCGCGCCCAGGUCCGACCCGCGCCGCCAGAGCGCCGCGCCGCGCCGCGCCCCGUGCCCGCUCCCUCGGUCCUCUCCUCGCCGCCCCCGAUGGCGCUCAGGGCCCGGGGUUGGCGGCCCCCCCCGCCGCCGCUGCUGCUGCUGCUGCUCUGGGUGACCGGGCAGGCGGCGCCCGUGGCGGGCCUGGGCCUGGGCUCCGACACGGAGCUGCAGAUCGAGCGGCGCUUCGUGCCCGACGAGUGCCCGCGCACCGUGCGCAGCGGCGACUUCGUGCGCUACCACUACGUGGGGACAUUCCCCGACGGCCAGAAGUUCGACUCCAGCUAUGACAGAGACUCCACUUUCAAUGUGUUUGUGGGAAAAGGACAACUGAUUGCAGGGAUGGACCAAGCUCUGGUCGGGAUGUGUGUCAAUGAGAGGCGUUUUGUGAAGAUCCCCCCAAAGCUGGCCUACGGAAGUGAAGGAGUUUCUGGUGUGAUCCCCCCAAAUUCAGUGCUUCAUUUUGAUGUACUUCUGAUGGACAUUUGGAAUUCUGAAGAUCAGGUUCAGAUUCACACUUAUUUCAAGCCCCCCAGUUGCCCUCGGACCAUCCAGGUGUCUGAUUUUGUCAGGUACCACUACAACGGAACAUUCUUGGAUGGGACGCUGUUUGAUUCGAGUCACAAUCGCAUGAAAACAUAUGACACGUAUGUGGGAAUUGGCUGGCUGAUUCCUGGAAUGGAUAAAGGGCUGCUGGGGAUGUGUGUAGGCGAAAAGCGCAUCAUCACCAUACCUCCUUUUCUGGCCUAUGGAGAAGAUGGAGAUGGGAAAGACAUUCCUGGACAGGCAUCUCUGGUGUUCGAUGUUGCCUUAUUGGACCUCCAUAACCCCAAGGAUGGCAUUUCCAUUGAAAAUAAGGUAGUACCUGAAAACUGUGAGCGGCGAAGUCAAAGUGGGGACUUUCUCAGAUAUCAUUACAAUGGCACACUUCUGGACGGCACCUUCUUUGAUUCCAGCUACUCGCGGAACCGCACCUUUGACACAUACAUUGGGCAGGGCUACGUGAUUGCUGGGAUGGAUGAAGGUUUACUUGGUGUUUGCAUCGGAGAGAAGCGGAGGAUUGUGGUGCCCCCUCACCUGGCGUAUGGAGAAGAAGGAAGAGGGAAUAUCCCUGGCUCGGCUGUGCUGGUGUUUGACAUCCACGUGAUCGACUUCCACAACCCUUCAGACUCCAUCAGCAUCACCUCCCACUACAAGCCCCCUGACUGCUCAGUGCUGAGCAAGAAGGGGGAUUACCUCAAGUAUCACUACAACGCCUCGCUUCUGGAUGGCACCCUGCUGGAUUCCACGUGGAAUUUAGGCAAAACGUAUAAUAUCGUUUUGGGAUCUGGACAAGUUGUAUUGGGAAUGGAUAUGGGUCUGAGAGAGAUGUGCGUUGGAGAGAAACGGACGGUGAUCAUUCCACCCCACCUGGGCUAUGGGGAGGCUGGUGUGGAUGGAGAAGUGCCCGGCAGUGCCGUGUUGGUGUUUGACAUUGAGCUGCUGGAGCUCGUGGCGGGCCUGCCUGAGGGGUACAUGUUCAUAUGGAACGGCGAGGUGUCAGCCAACCUCUUCGAAGAAAUCGACAAGGAUGGCAACGGAGAAGUCCUCCUCGAAGAGUUCUCAGAGUACAUUCAUGCCCAGGUGGCAUCUGGCAAAGGGAAACUCGCUCCUGGUUUUGAUGCUGAUCUGAUUGUGAAGAAUAUGUUCACCAACCAGGACCGGAAUGGAGAUGGGAAGGUCACGGCUGAGGAAUUUAAACUCAAAGACCAGGAAGCCAAACAUGAUGAACUCUAACCCUUACAUGAGCCAGUUGUGUGACACCAAGCCCCCUGUCGUGGCAGAAUGUGCAUUGAGGGCUUGAGGGUCUCUUAGAAGGUGAAACCUUCUGGGGCAUACGUCAGGGGUGAGUCGAUACACAUGGUGAGAAUUUUAGGCUGAAUGGCAGUGAUAUUAAAGAAAAUUGGUGCGAGGCACCUUAGCAUGGGCUGUGUAGAGUAUUGAAAAGGCUGCACUGCCCACGUUUGUUUUGUGAGCCUUCUGAGUAGUUUUGUUAUAAAAGGAAAAUAGUGUCAUACAGAAGUUAUAACCAUCUUGGAAUGAACAGAAGAAAAAAUGUCCAGGAUGUCUACAUAAAGAAGAUUAAAUUCUUUUAAAAACUGCUAGCGUUUUAAAAGUGUUCUCCAGGUGGGCAGAAAACACAAAGGGCGUGCCCCAGCAAGGAUUUCCAGAAAGCCCCAGAACACUUUUCUCUGUGGCCUGUACAGGCUCUAGUGAUGCCCAGCCUCCACAUUCCCCUACACUCAUACAGACACACACACACACACACACACGUACACACACGCACACACGUGUGCUUUUCUGUUAAUCACACUCCACCCCCUUGUGGUCCUCUGAUUGGCUGGAUAACUUGGAGGUUAAAAAGAAAACCAGUGGACCAAACAAGAUGCAUCUUGGCCCGUGAAUAGAGAAUUUGAUUCUGCGUUUGCCAUGCAAGAUUACCUGCUUCACUGUUUCUCAUUCCCAUCACUCUAUCCUGUAGCGCAUACUUUUCCCGUCCUGAAUCCUUUGAUCAGAUAAGAUACGCACAGGGCUGGUGGCUAAGCCGAGCUCCAGAGCAUUUCACUGGCCGAGACGGAAGUGUCAUCCCAACAGAUGAGCAUAAACAAAGUGACAUCUUUCUGCCACUCAUUCAUGUCCUGGAGAGGGAGGUGCCCUGAAUGCCGGGGCCUCUCUCUGCUUGGGAAACCAAGGACACUGUACCUGCUGGUCUGUCCCCACCUUAUGCAGUAACCACCUUGCUGCUUUAUGUCCCUUGUUCCCAAGUGGUGGUGGCACUCACUCUGAAGUAAUGAUUUUCCUUUUGAAACUGCUUUAUUUUACUAAUUUAAACUAUUUUGUACUGAUGUAGCCCUGAGAUAGUUCAUGAAAAUGCCGUGCACUCAUUCAGUGGAAUAAAUGUUGGAAAACUGA